GAUGUACACUUUUUCAGUCUCCACCAUUGGGGUUCGGUUAAAAUAAGCAUAUUCUCUUACUCUCUCCCUUUCCAAAGCGUCCUUUUCGUAAUCGUUGUGUCUUUCAUUAGCGUCUCUGUGAUCGUCCUCUGUUCUUCUCUGUUUCUCCACUCGCUAUCUUCUUUUUUUGUUUCUUUUUCCUUAUUUAUCUUUUACAUUAAAAAUCUUCUUGCUUCUUACCUGUUCGUCAUCGAACGUUCUCCACCCAGAAACGAUAAAAUCCAUUGCCCCAGUCAAAGGUAGUCAAAGGUCUGAAUGGAUCUGUGCGCUGUUCAUGCGAAGAACCUUUUCCACACAAAUUCGUUUUGCCUGAGACCAAUUUCCUUCAAUUUGGGAAGGAGAGGAGUUCCUUUCGGAGUUGUUGAUGGACGAGUGUUCGAGAUCACUGUUCUGAGGCCAAAGUUGUACCGUAGAGGGCUUCGCCCAUUUGUUGUCAGCGCCACGGGCAAGAAGAAUAAUGACAACUCCUCCUCUUCUUCUGGCAAUGAUGAUACUAGAGGAAACAGUUCUGCUGAUGGUAACAAAUCAGAUAGCAACUCUGAGAAAUGUCAUCAUGCUAAUCGGGAUUGGCGUGAGUUCAGAGCAAAGCUAUAUAGAGAUGAGCUGAAAGAAAUAUCAGAUACUGACACUCAUAAUCAAAGUGGAACUUUGCCCGAUUCCAAUCCUCUUGGAACACUGUGGGCUCAUCCUAUUCCUGUGCCUGAGACUGGCUGUGUGCUUGUGGCUACGGAAAAGCUUGAUGGUGUUCGCACCUUUGAAAGAACUGUUAUUCUCCUUCUCAGAUCCGGAACUAGACAUCAUCAAGGAGGGCCUUUUGGAAUUAUCAUUAACCGUCCUCUGCACAAAAAAAUCAAACACAUGAAACCUACAAAUCAUGAUCUAUUAACUACCUUCUCUGAUUGUUCUCUGCAUUUCGGUGGACCCCUUGAGGCAAGCAUGGUUUUAUUGAAAACAGAUGAGAAGAUGAAGCUUCCAGGAUUUGAAGAGGUAAUUCCUGGGCUAUGUUUUGGAUCUCGAAACAGUUUGGAUGAUGCUGCAGGGCUUGUGAAGAAGGGAAUUCUCAAGCCUCAGGACUUCAGAUUCUUUGUUGGUUAUGCUGGAUGGCAACUAGAUCAGCUGAGAGAUGAAAUUGAUUCAGACUAUUGGUAUGUAGCUGCCUGUAGCUCAAGUUUGCUUUGUGGGGCAUUAUCAGAUUCUUCAGAGAGUUUGUGGGAGGAGAUUUUGCUGCUAAUGGGUGGGCAUUAUUCAGAAUUGAGCCGGAAACCAAAGCAAGACAUGUAGGUAUUAUGGUUUCAGAUUUAGAGACAACUGAAGAAGGUGUAAUCAGGAUCAUUUAUCCUCCUUUCAAAUAAGUAGAUCUUUAUUCUCUUUUCCCUCUCGGUUAUUAUAAGAGAAAUUGUACCUAUAGUUUGAUGUAAGUAUGAGAAUAAUUACGUUAGCUGCAUUUUACAAUAUAUUUCAGAAUUUCAUCUAUAGCACAAAGAGCUCCAACAACCAUUGAAUUGGUA